UAAUCAUACAUAUAAUAGAUCAUUUACGAUGGAACAAGACGAUGAAAUAAAAUCUGGUUGUUUGUUAUUCCCACCUGCUGGAGGGAAUAUGUUUAGCAAAUUCCCCAAAAAGAAAAACUGGCAACUGAAGUACUGCAUUUUAUUUACUGCAAGUAAACAAGGCAUAGAGCGGCUUGAAAUUUACGAUCAUAAAGAAGAAGUGACUUCUGGUGCCAUUCCCAAGAUUAUUACUCUGGAAAAUUGUAUUAAAAUAACACAUUCUAGUCCAAACACAAUUACUAUACUUACUAAGUCAUGUACCCAACAAGUCAGUACUCAAAGCGAUGCUGAGGCAUUGGAUUGGGUGUCAGCAUUGCAGUCUGUUGCUUUCAAGGGGCGGGACUCAAAUCCCAUAUGUUGUGAUGAAGACAAUGACCUUUACUGCUCAUCAGGGGAAGGAGUAUUUUCAGUAAAAAUGUGCCCAUCAGAAGCUUCUACAAGAUGUGGUUUUGACCCAAUGAGAUACCUUCUCCUUCUCACAGCUACAGCUAUAGAAUUGAGAGACUUAAAUGAUAACAAACUAUAUGCCACAUGGCCAUACAGGUAUAUAAGGAGGUAUGGUUAUAGACAGGGAAAAUUUACAUUUGAGGCUGGCAGGAAAUGUGACACAGGUGAAGGAAUUUUCCAUUUAGAACAUCAGAAUCAAUCUGAAAUAUUCAAAUGCCUGUCUUUAAAAAUGAAGACCAUGAAACAGCUGAUUGGCAGUGACAAUUUGAAUAGUCCUGAACAUAGCGAGUUUAACAUACCCAGUGUCAACAAUUUAUUCCCAGGCUCUAGGAGCCCAUUAGUUGCAACACGACCUGAUGAUCUGAAUUUAAGUUCUUUGUCAUUUAAAACGUCAGUGUCUAGCCAGAACUCCAUUAGUUCAGAUAGAGAUACUGCUCCUUUAUUAAUGCCCAAACCAGCUUUGAAGCCAAAACCUCAGAAACCUCCUAGGAAAAUUAUUCCAAAUCUUCACAAAGGUAUUGCUAAAGAUCUACCUAGUUCUAAUGAUGACAGUGUAGAUUUUGGCAGACUUAAGAAACUUGAAAGUUACAAGGAACUGCCGUCUUCAGCUGAUGAUAGUAUUGAAUUUGGCAGAUACAAGAAACUUGACAAUUAUGAGCCAAUUGACCAAAUCAAAAGGGAGAGUCCACCUUCAGUGCCAUAUGAUAAAGUAGAAGUGCGUAGUGAAGCAUGGAAAACCUUUGGCAUUGAUGAUCCUGACCAUACAGAGUUCACACCAAACCUGGGAGACAAUCCUAAUUGUAUGAAACUCAUUUCCCGGUCUCAAGAUAACCUGAACAGCACUGGACCUGAAUCAUCACGGAUUAUUCUUUUACCAAGCCCAGUAGUUGAUCCAGAUGAUGAGAAUUAUGACAGAUUGCAGUACUUUGGUUCUACAAGUAAACUGAACAAAUCAUCAAAGUAUAAGAAGAUUGAAGCACGGCCAACUACAUUGGCAUUGAGUGAUCCAAAAAGUAAAGAUACCUGGAAUGAUUAUGAUGAAGUAGAGAAUGUCAUGCAGACUGCUAGGAUGGCAGAUGAUUCUCAUUUGGGCUAUGGGAUUAUUAGGAAACCCAAUACGCCAGGUCCUCAAGUGCCAACAGCUGCACAGGCCCAAGCUCUGCAAAAUCAAGUUGGUUUGGAAGAAGUAUCUCACAACAAUUGCAAUGGUACAGAUUAUGCCAUUGUGAGCCGUCCGAAACGAGUAUAAAAUUAGUUUCCAAGAAAAAUACAAUACUUGAAAUUAUUUGAAGACUGAAGUUAGUGAUUGAGUCUGAUUUGAUACAAGAUUUUAAAAAAUUCCAUUGAAUUGUUCAUAGAUUACAUUUCUGAAUCAAAAUUCCAUUAGCUCAAAUAUUAAAUGAGACUGUAUUGCAUUCCUUGUUAUUAUAUCGUUAAAAUUUUAUUUUUAAGCCCACUGUAUUAGAGUGUACAUUUUUUACAAACGCACAAGUACUUUUGUUUAUAAGAGAUUAUGUAAAUGUAUGAUGUGAUUAAUGUGCCUUAUUUUUUUAAUCUUGUGAAUAUGCAUAAUAUGAGGAUAUUUACCAACUUGUGCCAAUAGUGGAAUAAUAUUUAAGCUAAGUGAAUGUAUUGUACACAGUAAAGAAUUGUCAAUUUUAUACUUCAUGUACAUUGACUUACAAUUAUAUGGACGUCGGGUCCUCGCUAAAAAGUGUCCGAACUUAUAGGGCGUUA